AUGCAUGGGAGAAGAGCAAACAAUUCUAAAGAUGAGAAUAUAAAAUUAGAAAAAGUCAAAGAAUUAAUCCCAUUAGUAAAUGAUUUAAUUAAAAAGAAGAGAGCAAAUAUAUAUGAAAAGGAAUACGUUGAUAUAACAACGGCUAUUUUAAAAAAAUGCCCUUAUCUCCAAACACUGUGGAAUUAUAGGAGGGAAUAUUUUGAAUCCAUAAAAGAUGAAUACGUAAAUGUGAAUGUUGAUACUAACGAUGUUAAGGAAGAUGCGGACAAAAAGAAUUGCUCUAAACAGCGCUUGAACGAAUUAAAAAAGAUGAUGCAAAACGAAAAUAUAAUGAUUGAAGAAAUCCUGAGUAGAUUUAACAAGUGCAACGAAUUGUGGUUUCAUAAAUUAUGGGUAGUAAAAUAUUGCUUGAAAAAUAAUUUAACAAAUAUUCAAGAUUUACUAGAAGAGCUAAAAUAUUGUAAAGGUUCCUUUUAUAAAGAUGACAGAAAUUACCAUUGUUGGAAUUACAGGUCUUAUGUAAUUGCGUGUAUAUAUAUAUCAAUAAGAAAGAAUGAAAGGGAAAAAGUAGGAGGUAAUAAUAGAGUUGAACAAAAUGAAAGUAAUAACGUUAUUGCACAAGAUUGUAAUAAUUUUAAUGUACAUAGAUUGAAUUACGAACUAUCGAAAGAACUAAUUGAACACAAUUUUUCAAAUUUUUCUGCUUGGUUUUUGAAAUAUUCUUUGAAAGAAUCGUUUAUCAAUAUAAAUGAUGAGUUAAACUUAAUAAAAAAUGCAAUUUUUACAGACCCAUUUGAUCAAAGCUUAUGGGAGUUUUAUAGAUGGUUCCUUUUUCAAAAAGGGAAUUACAAAGAAGAAAUUUUUUUUAUCCUAUUACAAGAUAAUUCUAUUUAUUUUUUUUUUCAAAACUUAGUUAAAGUAAAUGUGGAUAAAUCUAAGUGUUACAAUUUAAAUAGUGAGGAAAUAAGUGGAGUCUGGAAUAAACAAUUAAUUACUAUGAACAAUCCACUGGACAAUUUGGAAUCUUAUGUAUACAUUUUUAAAGCUAAUGAAAAAUUUUCUCUAAGUCAUUUCACAUAUCUAAAGUUUUCUUUAUAUUAUUUUAAAUACAAUAUAUAUGAACAUGAUAAAAUAAAUUAUGGAAAAAACAUAUUACAAGAUUUGCUAACUGGUUGUGAUUAUUCUUUAAAGGAAGAAAACCAAUUUGAAUAUAGCAUAGUGUACGAAAUUAAUUUUCAGUACUUUUCAAAAAAUGAACAUUUUAAAUUAUUACAAGAUUAUAACAAUAAAAAUAGAAAAAGCUGUCGUUUCUCAAGUAAAAAAGAUUGUACAAAUAUUUAUGCUAGUUUAUAUGAAUAUAUAAAUUAUUCCAAUAUUCUCUUAAGUACAGCAAGAAAUAUGGAUUUUGGUUUGUUGCAAUCUGAACUUGAACAAAUAAAUGAAUUACUAUAUUUAGAGAGUAACUGCAAGUUUGCAUUAUUUACAAAAUUUGAAAUAUUAAAAAGACUGGAAAAAUUCGACCAAAUGUUCCAAUUACUUGAGCUGUUGAAGAAUGUUGACCACAUCAGGGUGCAGUACUACAAUGACUGGGAAGUAGAACUAAGGAUACAAAAAAAAAUAUAUAACUACUACCAGGAUUCCGAAAUAGAUGAUAGCAAUAAAGUGUUAGACCUGAGUGGUUUAAAUAUUGACCGUAUAGAUUACCCCCUUAUGAUUGAGGCUUUUUUUAUACCGAAAAUUAAUUUGUCCAAUAAUCUUAUAUCAGUAUCAUGUACGGGUAAAUUUACUGUAAAUUUUUUGUAUAAUCUGAAGGAACUAGACCUAAGUAACAAUAAAAUAAAAAAUUUUGUUAACCUUAUGAAAAAUUUAUAUAACCUAAAAUUAUUGAAGAAACUUGAUGUGAGUAACAAUGAUUUAGUAAAUUUUGAUGAGGAUCUCGACAAUUUCGAGUUUGUUAUAUUACCUAUAUUGAAGGAAAUUAAUAUUAUGGAUAGUAAUAUUUCCACCCUAUUAAAUCAAAAAUACAAAGAUAAAAGUAAGUUGAAUACUUUUGAUGUUGUUCGGGAUAAGCACAAAAUGGUUUUAUCGAGAUAA